AUGACCGUUAGCUCUGCAUUAAAGCGCACGAUCCUUCGUCCUGUCAACUCCUCGGAUGUUGCUUUAGGGGGCGCUGUGUUCGACAUGGACGGAACCCUUUGUCUACCCCAGAUGGCUUCUCUUUCAGGAGAACAAAAACGUGCAGCAGAGCUAAAAAUCGAACAAGUCGAAGAAAAAGCGAUGAACGAAAUGAUACCCCAGAAAGGGCUUUCCAACCUGUUCGCGUUUCUAAACGACUCGAACGUUCCGUUGACAAUUUGCACGAGAAACCAGAUAGUCAGUCAAAUUUUCUUUUCAGCGACUUUCGCCUCUACUAACGGUUUAGAAACCUGUCAAACAUUUGCUCAAGAACUUCUUGCCAGACGCAACGCUCACUGA